AUGGCGUCGCUAAAUCUGAACCCAAACCCGUUAUUAAAACCUUCAUCUUUCUCCGUCGGCCGGAAGAAGAACCCGUUAUUCAAUUUCAAACCUUCAUCUUUCCCCAUCAGUUUGAACAAGAAUAACAAGAGUAAGUUGAAUUUGUGCAAAACUUUCUCUAUCACUGAUGACAAUUGGUUGCAUACAAGUUUGUUUCAAUCGAAGAGGAGGAGCAAGUUUAUUAUUGCGGAGGACCCAAGCAUGGAAGAGACGAACUACGUGGUAGUUUCAAUCGACAAAGAGAAUCUGGAGCCCACAAUAUUAACUAAGAUUGAUAAUCCCUUUCCAGACCCUGUCUUUCAUCCAUAUGAGUCUUGCAAGGGUUUGAUUUUACUUUUGUAUGAUAACACUUGGAAUAAAUAUCACGACGACCUUCACCAAGAGGAUAUUUGGACCCAAGAGGCUCUUUGGAAUCCCACAACAAACGAACUCAAAAUCCUUCCUACUUCUCCCGCAACCUUGGACCCGAGCGAGCCAUUCUCGAGAAUUCACGUGAACGGCACUUAUUACUGGUUAAAUAACUUAGACGACUAUUUUAUCCAGUCUUUUAACUUUUCUACCGAGAAGUUUGAGUCCUAUCGUGUUCCUAUGCCCCCUAGCGAGAAGUUGGAAAAAUUUUGUGAUAAGAGGCUCGUUGAAUAUUGGGGCUCGCUCGGUUUUUUGGCUUCGACUACUUUGUGGGUAGAUGACGAGAUGCAUAAUGCUUUAGAACUUUGGGUGUGGGACGACGUGAGUUUGUCGUGGGCCCAAGAGUCCACGUGUCUCGUCGAUAAGAUGAGUAGUUAUAUGGGCCUCUUUGAGAAUGAUAAGUUGUUUUAUCUACAACCAGGGGGUGAUUUGACGGUCCAAGAUUGUGCAAUGAAUACGGAGAUGAACAUAUCGAAUGUCUGUAGUCAUGAUGUGUACCGCCUAAUGUUAGAGAAAGGAGAACAAAUACCAAUUUCCGCAUCCGUCCAUGGAAGACAGAACACGGAUGAGAAGCCGCUAUGCUUACUACCGGUACUGAUAAUUGAGUUCAAUGAAAAGGUCUCAAUGAAGAGAAGAAGGAACUACAAGAGGAAGGUUCCGUACCGAAGAAGAAGUAACAAAGACAGUUCCUCCGGGCAGAUCCGCGUCAACAGCCUCCGUACGCGCGUGUUCCGUGACCCAGCGAGCAAACCCGUUAAACCGGUCUGGGUUGAGGUUCAGAUAGGAUCCCCCCUUUUCGUCCCCGACGGUACUACGCCGCGUACCUACAAAGAACUCUCACCGGCGUGCUGCUAUGAUGUAAGGUGCAGUCGUCCAGAGAUUGGAUAUUCAGAUUCAGAUUUUGCUGGGUGCCUUGACAGUCGCAAGUCAACGUUUGGCUAUGUGUUUCUCCUCGCCGAAGGAGCAAUAUCAUGGAAAAGUGCCAAACAGUCUGUCAUAGCUGCAUCUACUAUGGAGGCUGAAUUUGUAGCUUGUUUUGAUAUCCUACUUGUCUUCCCCGGCAACGGCGCCGAUUUUGUUGUAGCAAAAUAUAUUUUUACCGAAUACAGUUUUGUCGUUAGGGUUUUCGACAUAAACUGCGAUUUCGCGUCGCGAGCUGGGCGGUCAUGUCGCGUCGCGGCUGGUCAUCCGUCGGUUCUGAAUGACGAACAAGGCUCUCAAGACACAUCAUCAGGGGCUGCGUGCGGGUCACCGGGCUGCAGGAUCGUCGCGGGGUGGCUGCGUGCAGGCUGCGUCUUGUGUGCGGCUGGCAUCCACGUCUCGCAGUCGGCGUGCGGUUGUCUCGAGGUCCCCUCUGCUCCUUUGGCUGGUCUGACCGAACUAGUCGGGCCAAAUAGAGCGGAUCAUGUGGGGUCCUCCGACAUCGAGGAGCGUGCUGGACCGGGUUUUCUACCACCCGCGACUGGGAUGCACGGUGGCUGCUGGGAUGGGCUCGGCUUGCCUGGGGGCUGCACACCGUGCGGUGGGGCUGUUGCAUGGAUUGGGCAUGCGGCUAUGUACGUUCGUGGUCAGAUCAGAAAAGUUCCUGGAAAACCUGGUCACGGAGAAAGGACACUAUCAUUUGAUGUGAAUAACAUAUUUGUCUCGACCAAACAAACUUUUCGAAGCAGCAAGAAAACGGAUGCGCGUUAG